UGACGUCACUUUUAGCGCGGAGUUUGUUGGCGGAAAAGCUUCAAAUAAAUUCAGAAGAAACUAUUAAAUUCAGCUGCGGAUAUUUAUACAUGUUAAUGUUUCCGCUGACUGAACAUUAGCUCAGGACUGUAUGGUAUUUUCACGAAAUGUUCAUUUGAAGAAACUAUUGCAUUUUGAAGACCAACGUACGUUAAGCGAUGGAGUUGUCUCCUGCCUGCACUGAUGGCAUCAGCACAGACGGCUGUAUCAUCAAACCUGCCAGAAGUCACAGGAAAGGCAAAGUCUCAAGGGAUGUGGAAGUAGACAUUGAGAUCCUCUACAAAGCUGUCCCUCAGCUGGCCAAGGUUUUCCGCAUCAUAGACAAAAUAGGAGAAGGUACGUUCAGUUCAGUGUAUCUGGGUGAGGCUCAGAUGCGGGAUGGGAAGAGAGAGAUGUUCGCCCUGAAGCACCUCAUCCCAACAAGUCAUCCUACACGCAUCGCUGCAGAGCUUCAGUGUCUCACUGUCGCUGGAGGCAGGGAGUGUGUGAUGGGGGUGACAUAUUGCUUCAGGAAGGAGGACCACGUGGUGAUUGUCAUGCCCUAUAUGGAGCAUCAAGCUAUUGUGGACAUCAUUGGCUCGUUGAGCUUUGAAGAGGUCCGUCUGUACAUCUAUCACCUGCUGAAGGCCCUGAGACACAUCCACCAGUUUGGGAUCAUUCACAGAGACAUCAAACCAAACAACUUCCUCUACAACAGGAGCAAAAAAAUGUAUUCGCUGGUGGACUUCGGCCUGGCUCAGGGGACAGCAGACACCCAGAUCGAGCUGCUGAAGGUGGUGAGGCAGAGGUCGUCACAAAAAGGUGGCGGGUCUGUAGGGAAGCAAGACACCACGCAGCGGAACAAAGCACCACCUAGACUCCCUCCCAAAACCACCACCACUACAGCCUCCACCUCUCUACCUCCGCCUCCACAGCCGUCUACCACCUUGCCACCUUCCUCCUCCUCUUCCACCACCACCACGUCCUCCUCAGCCUCUCGGAAAGCACUGGUUAAAAAAGCACGCACUGUCACCACCACCCUCACCACCUCCACCUCUCGCACAAAGCACACAAAGGAUUUGACAGGACAACGCAAAGUGCCUCGACCUGUGUUUGGAGAGAGGAACCUGAACAGCUGCACUCCAGCUCCAUCCACCACCAAACAAGCUGCUGUAAAGACUCAGCUGGUAAAGCCCGGCAAAACAGAGGACCCCGCCAACCGAAGGUACUCUUCAGCCAGCCGGGCUCCGCUGCCUGGCCGGACUCAGAGCAGCAGUCAGAAAGCUCAGAGGAGCGUUCAGCCGAGCCUCACCUGUAACUGCUACCAGACUGACCGUGUCUGCAACAUCUGCAUGUCCAGGAAGCAGCAGGUGGCUCCCAGGGCUGGCACCCCGGGCUUCAGAGCACCAGAAGUCCUCACAAAGUGUCCCAACCAAGGAACAGCCAUAGACGUGUGGUCAGCUGGUGUGAUCCUGCUCUCGCUGCUCAGUGGUCGUUACCCGUUCUUCAAAGCCAGCGAUGACCUCAUCGCCCUCACACAGAUCAUGACCAUACGAGGCUCCAGAGAGACCGUCCAGGCUGCCAAGGCAUUCGGCAAGGCAGUGGUGUGCAGCCGGGAGCUGCCUCGCCAGGACCUCAGGACGCUGUGUGAGACGCUGAGAGGACGGAGGCCAUCGCCAGACGAUGAAGUCACACCACUUCCCGUAAACAACAACAACAAAGACUCUACUGUCACCCGACAUCACAAGAUCCAGGACGAUACUCCCACACAUCGUCCCACUGGAGGAACGUUAAAGCAACACAAAGCUGGAGCAGGUGGAAGUCCUUCAUCUCUCCCAAACCUCCAGGAACAUUCUGCAAACACAGAAACCUCUCACCUUGCCAAACAGAGCUCAGAGACAGACCGCAAGGUGGAGGAGGAUGAGCGGGGCUGGGACAGAGUUCCUGACGAGGCCUACAACCUGCUGGACCGACUGCUGGACCUGAACCCUGCCACCAGGAUCACAGCUGCUCAGGCUCUGCAGCACCCGCUGUUCAAAGACCUUUGACACCACAGACAGUCCCCAGACCGUAACAUCACAUUAAGGCCAGCUUCCUCAGCUUUAGUUCAGGUUUUUAAAAAAUGGAUGAUGCAUAG